AUGAAUCCUCCGAACCAACCCUCAAGAUCUACUAGCAGCCGUCGGAAGGGCAAGAAAGAGAAAUAUGGUCAGAACCCCAAUGGCCAGAUCUCUCAAGACAGGACUGCAAAGCCUCAAACUUCACACACAUCGACGGCGACCCAAACCGUGUCUCUCCUCCAGAUUUGGGCUCCGACUCUAGUUCUCAUCUUCGGCGGCUGUUGCUCCAAUGUCUACACUUUGGAAUCGUUAAUUCACGCUUCUCCCUCCUCAGGCCCAUUGAUCACGGCUUUCCAAUUCCUCCUCGUGGCCGCCGCGACUGCGCCACAGCACCUCUCGUAUUCGCGCGGAUGGCGGAAUUUCUACCUUCGCGAACGUGCCAUUCCCCUGCGCAAAUGGAUCAUCUACACCGCCUACUUCCUCAGCGUUAAUAUCCUGAACAACAUGGCAUUCAAAUACCGCAUCAGCAUCCCCUUACACAUCAUCCUGCGGUCCGCCGGGCCCGUUACCACAAUGGCAGUGGGGAGAAUAUGGGGUGGCAAGAAAUACCCAGCGCAGAGAGUCAUCGCGGUGAUUCUUCUCUUCGCCGGCGUGGUCCUCGCCGCGAUAUCAGACGCGUGGUCGAAACAAGCCGAGACGGAAGCCCAGAUCGAUCACCAGACAAUGGACACCAAACUCACAUCUAGGGCAGCGCUGUCAGCAAUAUCUUCCCAAGCCCCGGGAUUUGCCCUGCUGGCAUCGGCUCUUCUCUUGUCAGCAUGUAUGGGCUUGUUCGCCGACGACAUGUACUCGACCCACGGCCGGUCCGGAGCCAUCACAGCUGAAACCCUCUUCUACAGCCACGCCAUGUCUCUCCCCUUCUUCGCGAGCCAGGCGAAACCACUAAUGCAGGAAUUUGCCAACGUGACCGCCGUCUCCAGCUUCAGCAGCAAUACGGGCAGGGGCCUCACUACAACAACAUCCUGGUUCACUGCAAACUCGACAUCCAUGCCAAAACGGCCGAAACUUCUCCCUCCAAUUACCCCUUCAUCGCCGCUCUCUUCACUCCCUUAUCUACCAGUGAACAUCCACAUUCCACGCCCGGUCCUCUUACUCCUCUUAAACGCCAUGACCCAACUGCUCUGCAUCAUCGGCGUAAAUCGACUCUCUGCGCAAUCCAGCUCGCUCACUGUCAGCAUCGUGCUGAACAUCCGCAAACUCGCCAGCCUGGUUCUCAGCAUUUGGCUCUUUGGCAACACGCUGCCGCUAGGUGUCGUCGUUGGCGCGGCCCUCGUCUUCGUCGGCGGUGGACUCUAUGCUUUGCCCAGCAAUAACGUGAAUGCGAAACAGCGGAAAUCAAAGACGAGUUGA